AUGAUAGAAAAUUGGAUUUUAGAUGUUACAACAUCAUCUGAUAAAAAUUUAAAAUCAAAAUUAUUAUCUAAAUUAUCACAUAUAUUAACUGUUUAUUGGCAAAAUAUUCAUUCAGAUUUUUCUGAAUCAUCUUUAAUUUCUAUUAAUCCUCCUAGCAUUUUUAUAAUCAAUAUUUGUUUAAAACUUGAAAAAGCAGAAAAAUUAAGACAAAAAAGAAAAUAUAAUUUAACCUCAAAUGAAUCUUUAGAAUUUGGACAGUCUUUAG